AUGUCUGCCCCAACUAUUGAACAAGUCCUUUUGAAACUCAAGACUCACCUCUCAUUAACAGAAGAAGAACAAGCUAAGGAAUGCCCAUUCACUGCUGAUGAAAAGAAGGUCUUUAUUGAAAACCAUGGUCAAAUUGUCUCUGGCUGUCCUGCAUUCUCUAAUCACGGUUGUCCAUUCACUCAAAUCCAUACCCUCAAGACUUUGAAGGAAAAGGUUGGUCACAUUCAAGGUUUGGAAAAUAGAUGUCCAGCUAUGGCUAACUCAUCCUCCACUCACGAUGUCAUUGCUCAAUUGUUGAAGGAUUAA